CCCAUAUCCAAGGAGACUGGAGGGUCAGCUCUAACGGCGGCACCAUGAGGUUCUGGCGCAGGCGCCCACGGCGCGUCAUGUUCAGACGUUCGCAUCUCAAGAUCCUGCUGAUCGGGAAUUCCGGGGUGGGCAAGUCGGCCCUGAUGAACCAGUACGUCAACAACCGCUUCAGCAGCCGCUACCGAGCCACCAUCGGGGCCGAUUUCCUCAGCAAAGAGCUCACGGUGGACGGACGGACCAUCACGGUGCAGAUCUGGGACACAGCUGGCACAGAGAGGUUCCAGUCGCUGGGGACGGCCCUGUACCGAGGGUCGGACUGCUGCUUCCUCGUCUUCGACGUCACGUCGGCCAGUUCCUUUGAAGGCCUGGAGAAAUGGCACAAGCAGCUCUUGCUGCAGAUUGAGCCGGGGGAAGAUGGGCCCUUCCCCAUCGCCGUCAUCGGGAACAAGACGGACUUGGAGAACCGCGAGGUGUCGCCAGAGCAAGGGGAAGAGUGGAGCCGGCUUCACAAAGCAGAAUACUUCGAGACCAGCGCCAAGGUUGCCACCAACGUCCAGGAGGUCUUUGAGUGGGCCGUGCGGGCCGUCCUGAGAAGCCGCAAGACCCUUGAGCCUCCUCAGCUGGACUCUGUUCAUCUUGAGACCAGGCAGCCGGAAGGGGCGCCCCGGGAGCGGUGUGGCUGCUAAGGACCCCAAAGGUGGAUGGGGACGUGCUGUCCUGUGCUGCGCUUCAAGAUGGCUCCUCCGUGUCGCUUGAAGACCGUGGGGUGCCGCUACGGUCAUGCUCGGCCCGAUGGACAUUUGGCAAGGCCACAGUGCAGCCCUGGACGCAGCUUGCGGGAUCGCCUCCCCUUUGCCCGCCGCGACGAGACCGUUGCUCUCCCGGAAGAAGAGGCAGAUUGGUACAUUGGGGAGACGGACAGCAGACCACCUGGUCCCCCUCCCCUGUUGGAAAUGAAAUCUGCCUUUUGGUCCCACGUCCUUCCCUGUAGGAGAAACGGCCACGCCGAGAGCAAUAACUGAAGAAAAGACUCGUCCGCUGAGGGCCAAAGGAAGGGUGGGGGAACGGAGAGAAACGGUUGCAUAAAAACAAAGUCUCGUCUCCAAAAAAAAAAAGGUCUUUAAUUGUUCAAAUUAGCACAAAAACGACAGAUACGCAGCACUGGGGGGGCGAGGGGGAAGGGGACAGCCGUGGGGAACUCCUAUGAAGGCCGUUCCUGUCUCAAAUGGAAAAUAAACUGGCUAAGAGGUAGGAGAAA